AUGAAUAUUUUUCUCUUUGGAAUUGGAAUUGCAGUGAUCUCUGGAGCUUUCUGUUGUGAUAUAAUUUUGGACAGUAGACUGGAUGACUGGAAGCCAACGAAUGAGAACUUCCGUUCUCUUACAAGGGAUGCCAGAAAGCUAAUUCAUAAAGAUCUGCCAUUUGAAAUACUGCAUGUUGAAGCAAAAGUAGCACGUGAAAUGUUUCAUCAUAAUAGAUACAAAAUGGAGAUGAUAGAACAAAAAGCUUCUCAGAAUAUGGAAGGAAUUGUAGCGUUACACAGGUUUGGUGAUUUUGUAGACGUUAGUGAAGGCCCUCAUAUUCCAAGGACAAGUUUCUGUUUCCAGUAUGAGAUAACAGCAGCCCAUAAUCUUCAGACUAAUCAAUCUGAAUUGAUAAGGAGGUUCCAGGGUGUGUCCCUGCCAAUCCAUUUGAAGGCUCACCACACUGUGUGGAACAAACUGGUGGAAAGAUCGAAGAAGCUGGUCACUGAAGAAAAAUAUUUGGAAGCAGCGGCAGAACAUCAUGAGGCAAAAGAUGGAACUGAAGAAGGAAAAACUGUAUCAGUUUAACGUCUAAAUGUACAUAAUAAAAU